AGUUCAGGAAGGUUUAAAAUUAAGCAAAAACCAAGUGGAAGGUAUCCUUUCCGUCAGACUCCUCCUCAGCCUGCCACCGAAGAUGAUACUUCUGAGGAUCUUGUGCACAUGGCUGUGCCUCAGCGUAGUCUGGGCAACAGAUGAAGAUAGCCUAUUUUUGAAGGAGGGAGGAGGUGUGCGUGGCCCGAGGGUGAUGGAACAUGGAAUCCAAUCCGAGUGCAAACAGGAUAAGAGCUGGCCUUUCUGUGCAGAUGAUGACUGGGGUCACAAAUGUCCUUCAGGCUGCAGGAUGCAAGGAUUGAUUGAUGAAACUGAUAAAGAUUUUCAUCAUAGAAUACAAAGAAUUAGGAACCUGUUGUUAGAUAAUGAAAACAAGUACAAAAAAUCUAACGUGUUAACUGUGGAAACAAUUAACAUCCUGAAAGGAAAUGUGGCCAGUGGCCACGAGAGUGACAUUAAAUAUGGACAAGUUUCAGAAGAUCUGAGAAGGAGACUUGUGACAUUAAAGCAGAAAGUUUUUGUCCAAGUAAACAGGAUUAAAGAACUGCAAAACAGUAUCCGAGAUCAGGUUGUAGAGAUGAAGCGCUUGGAGGUGGACAUUGAUAUUAAGAUACGUGCCUGCAAAGGAUCCUGUGCUAAAAGUUUCAGUUACCAAGUGGACACAGAGAGCUAUGAAAACAUCCAGAAGCAGCUCACACAGGCCAAUUCAAUCAAUCUGCAGUCUGAACUUGAAACUAGUUCUUUGAAGGUGCUGAAAAUGAGGCCACUGAAGGACUCUACUGUUCCUGGGCAUUAUAAAACUGUGGGUCAGCCAGAAAUCCAAGAGCUAACCAUCCUUGAUGAUAUUAAACAGGUUGUGAUGACCCUAGAAAGGCCAGAAGCAGAGGCAAAGGGAUCCUCAGUAGAGACUUCUUCACAUGUUUCAGUAGGAUCAGAUGUAGGUGGAGGACCACGAGAUGGCAAAAUAGUGACUUCUGAUCAUGGAAAGGCAUCUGGUGGUUUGGGAGAAAGACCUAGCUCCUCUGUAAUCCACCAUACAUGUAUCAAAACUAUCACCAAAAAAAUUAUCAGUGGUCCUGGAGGCCCUAGAGAAGAGAUUGUUGAAACAAUGACUUCACCUGAUGGUUCUGACUGCUCCAAAUUUCAAGGUUUAGGGAAGGAAGAAGUAGCAGAGCAAGGGGGCACCUUGAAUGUCAGAGUGACCUCUCAGGGUGAGAGAGGAGACUUCCCUGACUUUGAUGGCUUAACUCCAGACUUUGGAAAAAUUUUUACCCCAGGGUUUGGGUCUGCUGGUAGCAAAUUCCAUACCACCUACACAAGCACUAGUGGCACUGACCGUGGAACUGGAACUGGAAGUUUUAGCAGUGGUGGAUCUGCUAGUCACACUAUGAGUUUUGGAGGGUCGGAGAGUUUCACAGAUCUAGGGGAGGGGGAAGAGGAUGUCUUUGACACAUCUAAAUUCCCUUCCAGCAAAGUUCAGAGUGGCAGUUCGGCUCAUUCCAAGACAAUAAAGACCAGCAGCAGUAGCAGCUCUACUAGUUUCAACAAGGGUGGCUCCACUUUUGAAACCAAAUUGCUAAAGAGCCGAGCAGUGACUGAGGAGUUAGGUGGGUUGCAACAUGAUGAGAGUGGAGAGGAUACCCCAGACUUUCGGGCACGCAGCUUGAGAACAGGAGGAGAGAAGCUUGGAACAAGCUACACUGGGACAGACUGUGAUGAUGUCCGCCAGAAACACACUUCUGGUGCCAAAAGUGGCAUUUUCAGAAUCAAGCCAGCAGGAUCCGAUAAAGUUUUUUCAGUUUAUUGCGACCAACAGACCACUUUGGGAGGAUGGCUUUUGAUCCAACAGAGAUUGGAUGGAUCAGUGAAUUUUAACCGGACCUGGCAAGACUACAAGAAAGGUUUUGGCAGCGUGGAUGACAAAGGGAAAGGAGAGUUCUGGCUGGGCAAUGAAAACAUCCACUUACUGACCCAGAAGGACACUGUCCUUCGAAUCGAAUUAGAGGACUGGGCUGGCAAUGAUGCUUAUGCAGAAUAUAAUAUACAUGUAGGUUCUGAGUCAGAAGGCUAUGUCCUCAGCGUCUCUGCUUAUGAGGGGACAUCUGGGGAUGCACUGAUCAUAGGCUCAGUGGAGGAAGGUAGUGAAUACACAGCACAUGCUAACAUGAAGUUCAGCACCUUUGACAGGGACAGGGACCAAUGGGAGGAGAACUGUGCUGAAGUGUAUGGAGGGGGCUGGUGGUACAACAACUGUCAAGCUGCUAAUCUCAACGGCAUUUACUACCGAGGAGGCCAGUAUGACCCAAGGAACAAUGUUCCUUAUGAGAUUGAAAAUGGAGUGGUCUGGAUACCAUUUAGAGCCUCAGACUAUUCUCUCAAAGUUGUUAGAAUGAAAAUUAGGCCCAUAGAAACCCAGUAGUCAAACUACAGUAAAACAGGUUAUUUUAUUUUUGUUUAAUAUACCUCAAAAUACAUGGUGUGUCUUUACCCAAUCAAACCGAAGGCAACUGAGACACAUUUGUGCUUUAAAAAAAUAAACAUUGUUUAAUUGUAAAA